GUGUUGGCACCAGGCCAUGGAAUGUCCUCAGAUUAUAUCAAUGCUAACUAUGUAGACGGUUUCAAAAAGGAAAAGUGUUAUAUAGCCUCUCAAGGACCACUAAAGAAUACUAUCAAUGACCACUGGAGAAUGAUUUUGCAAAAUAAUACAAGAAAGAUGAUAAUGCUGACAAAUCUGGUGGAAGGCCCAAAGAGGAAAUGUGAUCGAUACUGGCCAGAAGGAGGAAAGCCAAUGACUUGUGGUAACCUUGUUCUCACCUUACAAUCAGAAAAGGAAAGGGCUGCAUACAUCACGAGGGAGAUCGAAGUGGAAGAUAAAACGACAAAAGAGAAGAGAUGUAUUAUCCAGUACCAUUUCACUGCCUGGCCUGAUCAUGGAACACCAGAUCCUCUGUAUCUUGUAUUGUUUCAUAGGCAUGUCAUAUCUGAUCAUACAAGUACUGACAAUAAUGGACCGCUUCUUGUUCAUUGCAGUGCUGGGAUAGGCAGAACUGGGACAUAUAUCGGACUUGAUGCUUUAUAUGAAGAAGGACGUGAUACUGGGUUCGUGGAUGUCUUUAAGUUUGUAGAGAAAAUGAGGUUGAGCAGGAUGAACAUGGUUCAAACACCAGGGCAAUAUGUUUGUCUUCAUUAUGCCUUACUCGAGGCUUUCACAAUGAAGGAUACAAAUGUUGGAAAGAAGGAAUUUGAAAAUAUCUGGCGGGAAAUUUCAGAAGAUAAAGGUCCUGUAAACAGACGACGACUGCAUGAAGAGUUUGAGAUGCUUAAAGCUAAGAAAGCUGAGCAAGAUCAAGUUGAAUAUGUUGCUGCUAAAAGCCCAGAAAAUUUAGGAAAAAACAGAAAUGAGAGUAUUGUUCCUUCGGACAAAAACAGACUGUUUCUUGUUUCCCACAAUAAAGGACGAACUGAUUAUAUCAACGCUGUUCAAGCACCAUCAUAUACAAAGUUCGUUGGAUAUUUGACAACACAGCUACCUCUACCUGACACAAUGGUUGACUUUUGGACUAUGGUUGGGGAUCACAAUUCGUCUACAAUUGUCGUGUUUCUAAAUAACCCAGCUGAGGCUGAAUUAGAUUACUCCACUUCAAAAGACCCCUAUGUAUAUGGGAAAUAUACUUUGAAAAUAAAAAGUAAAGAACAACAAGAUCUUGGUGUUAUAAGUUUUACAGUUAUUCUAUCCAAGAAGGGUGACCAAUCGAGAGAAAUAGCCAUGUAUCUUGCAGUGACCAAGGGCCUUCCUGAUCCACAGGUUCUGUGCAAACUUGUUAAUCGUACUAUAUUAACUCGUGUUAGCAGGUCAGAUGAUCCAGUGACCGUUGUCAGCGGGGAUGGAGCCAAGAAUUGUGGGCUUUUCUGUGCGUUUGUCAACGCUGUUUCCAGUAUGACAAUUGAUAAAAAUGCAAACAUAUUUCAACUAGCCAGGCUGUUGCAGUUGAGGAGACCAGAGUUCUUUGCUGAUUUUGAGGAGUACUGUCUUUGUUAUGAAGCAUUGAACCACUAUCUGGUGUCCUCCAAAGUAUACGAAAAUAUUUGAUUCAUUCUCAAAUCAUUUCAAGCAGAUGACAAUUAUCAAUUUGAUGCGAUAAUAAAUUGGCGUUUUUGUGAAAUGUCCUGACUCGUUUAAGAUAAAACUAAAAAGUUGGUUAAGUUUGUUUUUAAGUUUAUUGUUACUUUACUUAUUGGACUUUGUAUUAUGCUUCUUUUUGUUAUCAUUGCAUAGAUUCAUUCAUUUGUUUAAUUUUAUCUGUAUUUUUGUUACUUUACUCUCAAUUACUGACAAAACUAUAAUUGCUAUACCCAAGCUUUAUUUACUUGUGUCUGUCCAGAUAACAAUAUUUUUAGGUAUGUGGUUGUCACUGGUUUUCGACAAUCUUCGUUCAGUGUCAUAAGCUACGAUCAGGGCGGAAUCUUUCUCGUUUGGAAAGCUUUUCACUAGCACAAUUUUAAAAAAGAAUUUGAAACAUUAGCAUGUGAUAUUAUUUUUUCCUUUUUGAAGGUCAUACAAUAACCUUUAGUUGGUAGUAUCCUUGAUCUCUCUUUUAUGAAAAAUUGUCUCAUUAACAGUUGAACCACAACAUGCACAAUUCCUCAUUUAGAUUACCCUAGAAAUAUUUAUUCUUUCAAUAGAAUUAUCGAUUAGCAGGUAUGUUAUUUUUACAGUACAAGACUAGUGUAGUUGACUGUUAUCGGGUGUUUUAUGUCCUAUAUGUUCACCCAUUUAUUUGUAUUGUGGUCCUGUUAUUAAAUGUUGUCAUUUUAAUGUUAUAUUGAACAUUCCAAAAAAAGCGGGAAGUCUGGCUAGCCGCAAAACCAGGUUCAACCCACCAUUUGUUUAUUAAAAUAUCAUGUAUCAAGCUAAGACAUGAAAAUAACCAUUGUUCUAUUAUAGUUCGUUUCUGUGUGUGUUACAUUUUAAUGUUGUCUUUCUGUUAUGUUUGAUGUGUUUCCCUCAGUUUUAGUUUUUCACCCGGAUUUGUUUUUUCUCAAUCGAUUUAUGAAUUUUGAACAGCGGUAUACUUCUGUUGCCUUUAUUUAACUUUAAUUCGAUUAUUUUGGAUAAUUUGGAACACAGAGUGUGCAUUUUGAAUAUGCAUAUCAUCAGUUAAAAUGUCAACUCUUCAUAUUUUAAUUUUUAUUAAGAGUUGAUAUUUAUGUAAAUGUUUAUUUUAUAGUGUAUGCUUUGCCAAAUGUACAUGCUCGUACAAUGAACUUUAAGUGUGUAAAUAUUUGAUUUUAUGCUUCUCAUUUAUCCCUUUUUCACUUCUCAAAAGUUCGUACUACCUAGAUUAUGUAGUUCAUUGUGUGCCCUAACACAUACAUAUGGUCUUUAUAUUACCUUUUAUGUCACCAUACUCAAAUUGCACGGAGCACCUAAAUUGCAUACUUUUAGCAAAAAUAGCAGCUGUAACUUUACAAAUUUUUUUUAAAGACAAAACAAUUCUUCUCGUCUUUGGACAUAGCUAGAUAUAUUUAACUAUUGUUAAGGUAAAACACGAAUUCUUGCUUCACAUUUGGUUUUUAUCAAAUUUUCAAAACUCAAUACAACAAGAAAUUUUUCGUUCAUUGUUGACCUUCCAAAAUGUACCUGGUAUCAUGAUGACCUUCUUAUGUGUAAAUAGUUAUCUAGUUUUUGAUGUGGUUUUUGUUAUUUAAGUUAAUCACAAAAUAACGCUUCAUAUUUACCACUGUUUUCUUUCCAAAUUAGUAUAGGCCCAUACGACCUAGAGUUUGUCGUACAUUGCAUGGAUGGUCAAAUGAACAUUGUCAUAUGAUUACGUUUAAUUAUGAUAAAAGGUUAUUUUUUUAAACAAUAUGUUAAUGUAUGCCUCACAAUUAUCAUUUGUAUUCAACAUAUCAAAAUUCCAUACGACCUAGAGGAGUAAUACCACUAAAUCAUAGUAAGUGAUAGGUGUAAGAAAUUAAUCCUACAUUUUAUUUUAGUAGAAAAUAUUAUGGGUCAUUAACAUAUAUCUGGGAGGUUUCCGAAGCACCAUUAUUGUUUUAUUUGGUGUUUCUAUAGCAUAUUUUGAUAACUUAAGUUUGCAUGGUUACUAAAGAUGUGAACAUUUGAUUGGUGAACUUUCAGUGAUGGUUAUAUUUGUAUAUGCAAUGCAACAUUAUUUGAAAGUUGUCUACAGUACUGGACAGGAUAAAAAAUUACUCAUACCAAGUAUUUUUUUAUUUAAAUUAAAUAUAAACUCUUAACAAUGUGUUUAAAAGUAGAAAUUUAAUAAAGACUAAUAAGGGAAAAUCAAUGGUGGUAUUACACCAAGAGAUUUUUUACAUUGUAUGUUUAGCCAGCUGUGACGGUCGUAUAUGAUGACCUUAACAUGUGAAGAAGGGUAAUCUUGUUUUGAAGUAACAAACUAAAUCGAUGAAUGUGAUAUGUCAAACCCGUUUUAAUGUUAUGUUUCUUUUCUAUAACUUGAAGUUAUUUAAAAAAAAACUAAUGUUUAAUUAAAAAUGUUUUAAUGCCACUUAAUGUACAGUCGUGAAGGGCCAAGUAAGCCUUUCUCAUCACUUGGCGUUCGUCGUCUGUCGUCCGACGUCGUCCGUUGUCGUCGUUAACUUUUUACAUUUUGAACUUCUCCUAGAGAACCACUGAAUGGAACAAAACCAAACAUGGCAUGAAUGUUCCUUUUGAAGUGCUGACCAAGUGUUGUUACUUUGUAGCCGAUCCAUCACCCAAGAUAGCCGCCAGCGGGGAACUUAGUUUAACAUAGGACCCUAAGGGAAAUGCAUACAAAUGACUUCUUUUAGAGAACCAUAACUAGAAUAAAACCAAACAUGGCAUGAAUGUUCCUUAUAAGGUGCUGAUCAAGUGUUGUUACUUUGUAGGCGAUUCAUCAUCCAAGAUGGCCGCCAGCGGGGGACUUAGUUUAACAUUGGACCCAAUAGGAAACGAUACAAUGACUUCUUUUAGAGAACCACUGAAUGGAAUGAAACCAAACAGGGCAUGAAUGUUCCUUAUAAGGUGCUGACGAAAUGUUGUUACUUUGUAGUCGAUUCAUCAUCCAAGAUGGCCGCCAGCAGGGGACUCAGUUUAACAUAGGACCCAAUAGGAAUGCAUACAAAUGACUUCUUUUAGAGAACCACUAAAUGGAAUGAAACCAAACAUGGCAUGAAUGUUCCUUAUAAGGUGCUGACCAAGUGUUUUUACUUUGUAGGCCAUCCAUCUUCCAAGAUGGCCGCCAGCGGGGGACUUAGUUUAACAUAGGACCCAAUGGGAAAUGCAUACAAAUGAUUUCUUUACGAGAACCACUGAAUGGAAUUAAACCAAACAUGGCAUGAAUGUUCCUUAUAAGGUGCUGACCAAGUGCUGUUACUAUGAAGCCAAUCCAUCAUCAAAGAUGGCCGCCAGCGGGGAAUUUAGUUUAACAUAGGCCCAUAUGGGAAAUGCAUACAAAUGACUUCUUUUAAAGAACCACGGAAUGGAAUAAAACCAAAAAUAGCAUGAUUGUUCGCUAUGAGGUGCUGACCAAGUGUUGUUAAUUUUGUAGACUAACCAUCAUCCAAGAUGGCUGCCAGCGGAGGACUUAUUUUAACAUAGGACCCUAUUGGAAAUACAUACAAAUGUCUUCUUUUAGAGAACCACUGAAUGGAAUGAAGUCAAACAUAGCAUGAAUGUUCCUUAUGACAUGCUGACCAAGUGUUGUUACUUUGUAGCCAAUCAAUCAACCAAGGUGGCGUCCAGCAGGGGACUUGAUUUAACAUAGGACCCUUUGGUAAAUACAUACAAAUUUAUUCUUUUCGAGAACCACUGAAUUGAAUGAAAGCAAACAUAGCAUAAAUGUUUCUUUCUUAAUGAGGUGCUGGCCAAGUGUUGUUACUUUGUAACCACAUUUUAUCUUUUUAUAUGAUUUCAAAAACCCAAGUAGAAUCAGGUUAGCGAUACAGGCUAUUGAGAGCCUCUAGUUACAAUAGUAUGCAAUAACUGUUGUGUCAUGUAGUGUAUAUAUUAUUUUGAUUUUGCUAUUUUUUUUUGUUAUUUUUAUAAUUUUACAAAGUGCUUUUAAUUAAAAAGAUACCGUCUUG